CGGGGCUUCGGCGUGCGGGGCGUCCGCGGCCGGUUCUGGGCGGCCCCGAGGCUCGCGUCUGCCGGCCGCCUGCGCUGGUCCGGGCGCGGGGGCUUCAAGGGCGCGGGGCGCGCAGGGCAGGGUCCGGUGGGCCGCGGUCCGCGUCGGGGCCGAGGUGGGCGUUCCCGUGUCGGGGACCAGGUCCUUCCCCGCAGGCGAGUGCGCGCCGGGUGAGGCGCGUGGCCGCAGACCAGCCCCCGGCAGCGGGGAGCGAGGGGAGCCGGGUCGGCGUCCCGGUACCCCGAGGUCCGGUGUCCCCGCGCGUGCGAGCGGCUCGGGAGGGUCGGUGCGGGUCCGUGUUGCUCCCCGAAGUGCCGAGCGAACCCCAAGUUGUUGGAGAAGCGGAUUGGGAAGACCGACCCGUUAAUGACAUCGGGUGCCUGGGGACGGAAUCGGCCACCCCCGGAGCUCGGCCUGGCUUCAGCCUCCGCUGCCCUCACGGAGCCGCCGGUUUAAUUCAUUGAACAGGACUAAUGUCAUACUGCAGCAUUUGAGAAUGUCUAAGCACACGGAUGCCGCAGAAGUACUGUUGGAAAGAAAAGGUUGUGCAGGAGUGAUAACACUAAACAGACCAAAGUUCCUAAAUGCACUGAAUCUUAGUAUGAUCCGGCACAUUUAUCCACAGCUCAAGAAUUGGGAACAAGAUCCUGAAACUUUCCUGAUCAUUAUAAAAGGAACUGGUGGAAAGGCUUUCUGUGCUGGGGGUGAUAUCAGAGUAAUCUCUGAAGCUGGGAAGGCAGACCAGAAGAUGGCUCAAGAUUUCUUCAGAGAAGAAUAUACACUGAACAAUGCCAUAGGUUCUUGCCGGAAACCGUAUGUUGCUCUUAUUCAUGGAAUUACAAUGGGUGGGGGAGUUGGUCUCUCGAUUCACGGGCGAUUCCGAGUGGCGACUGAAAACUCUCUCUUCGCGAUGCCAGAAACAGCAAUAGGACUGUUCCCUGAUGUGGGUGGAGGUUAUUUCUUGCCACGACUUCGAGGAAGACUUGGCUACUUCCUUGCAUUAACAGGAUUCAGGCUGAAAGGAAGAGAUGUGUAUGCAGCAGGAAUUGCUACACAUUUUGUAGAUUCUGAAAAGUUGGGCAUGUUAGAAGAAGAUUUGUUAGCCCUAAAAUCUCCUUCAAAAGAAAAUAUUGCAGAUGUCUUGGAUGCUUACCAUGCCAAGUCCAAGAUUGAUCAAGACAAGUCUUUUAUACUUGAGGAACACAUGGACAACAUAAACAGGUGGUUCUCGGCCAAUACUGUGGAACAGAUAAUUGAGAAUUUACAGCAAGAUGGUUCAUCUUUUGCCCUAGAACAGUUGAAGAUAAUUAAUAAAAUGUCCCCGACAUCCCUAAAGAUCACACUAAGGCAGCUCAUCGAGGGCUCUUCAAAGACCUUGCAAGAAGUAUUUACUAUGGAAUAUCGGCUGAGUCAAGCUUGUAUGGGAGGCCAUGACUUUUAUGAAGGUGUUAGGGCAGUUUUAAUAGAUAAAGACCAGAGUCCAAAGUGGAGACCAGCUGAUCUAAAAGAAGUUACUGAUGAAGAUUUGAAUAAUUACUUUAAGUCUCUGGGAAGUAACGAUUUGAAAUUCUAAGGUGACUAGAUUUUUAAGGUAUUAUUUUGGAGCACAUGUUGGCAAACUAUAGUACAUGGGCCAGAUCUGGCCUGCUGCCUGUUGCUGGGUUUUCCACAAGCUAAGAAUGUUUUCUGCAUUUUUAAACGGCUGAGGAAAAAAAAUCAACUACUCAUAUGUCAUGACAUGUGAAAGUUAUGUGCAAUUUCAUAUCUGUGCUCAUAAGUAAAUAUUGACUGGCGUGUCACUCACUGGGCUGUUAACCUGUUGUCUGCGGCUGCUUUGAGUAGUGCAACAGACACCUUAAGGCCUGCAAAGCCUAAAAUACUAUCUGAUCCUUUUCAGAAAAUGUUUGCCAGCCCGCUUUAUAAAAAUGGGAAAAUUAGAAGGUCUUAAUAUUUAAUUGAAAUGAGAACCUUAUGCUUUGGUUUUGGGUAGUAGUUCUUAUGUUGAUUAAAUAAACAUAUGUAUAAUUAUUAAAAAAACAA